AUGAGCGACGACGCCACCACCACUGCGGCUGAUGCCAGCGCCUUUGUGCUGGAGGGCGACGGCAGCGACUUGGAUGCCGUGACAAAGUGGAUCACCGGUGUUCGGCGCCAUCUGCACCAGUAUCCGGAACUCUCGCUGCAUGAGGAGAAAACGAGCAGCUUUGUGUUCUCCUUGCUGGAGCAGCUUGGGCUCAAGCCUCGGCGCAUGGCACAGUACGGCGUGGUGGCUGACAUUCCCGGGCAAGUAGACAAGCCAUUUGUGGCGCUGCGGGCCGACCUGGACGCGCUUCCAGUCACGGAGGAAACAGGCUUGCCCUUUGCGUCCAAGAUUCCCGGUGUCAUGCACGCGUGCGGUCACGACGGCCACACCAGCAUGCUCCUCGGCGCUGCCGCCAUUCUGCUGAGCCAGGUCAAGGCCGGCAACAAGCCCAAGCUCCCUGUUCGCCUUGUCUUCCAACCCGCCGAAGAAAACGUGGCUGGCGCCAAGGCUAUGGUUGCAGCGGGGGUGCUGGAGGAUGUUGCAGCCAUCUUUGGCGGGCACAUUGACCGGUCAUAUCCCGUGGGCACCAUUAUUGUGCACGACGGCUGCGUCAACGCCAGUGCAGACCUCAUCGACAUCACCUUCACGGGCAAGUCGUGCCACGCCGCCCGCCCGCACGAGGGCGUCGACACGAUUGUCAUGGCCAGCUCCUUUGUGAUGAAGCUGCAGCACAUUGUGGCGCGCGCCGUGGACCCCUCAGAGCCGGCGGUCGUCACCAUUGGCAAGAUGACUGCGGGCACGGCCUUCAACAUUGUGGCCGGCAGCGCGCACCUCCUGGGCACCAUCCGCGCCACACGCGUGGAGACGCGGGAUGCCAUUCGCGAGCGCGUUCGCCGCCUUGCUGAGUCUGUUGCCCACGGAUACGGCGGCACAGUCGACGUCGCCUUCCGUGACAGCGUCCCGCCCGUCAUCAACACGUCCAGCCUGUACCCGCUGGCGCAGGACGCGGCACGCGCUGCGACUGCGGGGUGUGGGGAGGACGCCUCGGUUCGCCCGCUGCCCAAGGCCAACCUUGGCGGCGAGGACUUUGCAGAGUACCUGCAGCACGUGCCCGGGUUCUUUGUGCGCUAUGGCGCGGGCUUCCCCGGCGAGCCAAACUACUCCGCCCACACCGCCAAGUGGGACUUUAACGAAGACUGCAUGAUCAUCGGCAGCCAGUACCUGGCACAGACUGCAGUGCUGGCAGGUGCCAAGCUUGCCAACCAGUGA